AUGAUGCCGAUGAUCCAUCACUUGCGACGAGCUACUACUAGCACCAGACUUGGCCUACAAGAUGUUGUUGCUGGAAGAUCGGCCGCGAUUCGCCAUGUGUCUACCCGCAAGACGGCCGACACCAUGAAAUACAUCUACGUGCAUCCGCUUUCCCAGCUUGUUCUGGAAUGUCUUCAGAACGAUUACAGCGACUGGUUAGUGCAAAAGCAACUCCAUGCCAAUACUCUGAGGUUGCAUCGAGAUGGCACCUUUGAAAUCAAGUUUCCCAAGGACAAGCAUACUGUGACACCCAACAAGAAUGAUGAGUCGGCAGUGCGCAUUUGGACCAGUUUUGACAAUGACAGCAAGCAACAUUGGUUGUCUGUCUCGCUGCAACAUGGUUCCAAGCUGCAGGGAAGAUACAUGCUACAGGACAAUCUCAGUUCGGGAUGGACCGGAAACAACAAACGACGAUCCCUCCCGGAACGCAUUCAAACUGCCGUCGAGGAAAUGGUCGAAGCUAUAGAUGACACGGAACGAAAACAAAAACAGGCAGGCUUGAGAAGAAACUAA